CUCUAUCUUUACACUUCAGACCCACUGAUCCCAGGAUGGCCGAGGCGGUGCUGGCGGCGCUGGGCGCGGCCGCCCCGUUCCUGCGCCCGUCGGAGGCGGAGCGCGUGGCGGCCCAGACCCGCCCCUUCGAGCCGCGCGCGGAGUGCUUCGUGCCCCACCCCCAACACGAGUUCGUGCGCGGACGAAUCACGGAGCGGCGCGGAGCUGACGUCAUCGUGACCACGGAGCUGGGGGAGACGGUGACCGUGAAGGAGGCCGACGUGCACCCCCAGAACCCCCCCAAGUUCGACAAGAUGGAGGACAUGGCCAUGCUGACCUUCCUGCACGAGCCCGCCGUCCUCUUCAACCUCAAGGAGCGCUACGCGGCCUGGAUGAUCUACACCUACUCCGGGCUCUUCUGCGUCACCGUCAACCCCUACAAGUGGUUGCCCGUCUACAACGCCGAGGUGGUGGCCGCCUACCGGGGCAAGAAGCGGAGCGAGGCCCCCCCCCACAUCUUCUCCAUCUCUGACAACGCCUACCAGUACAUGCUGACGGACCGCGAGAACCAAUCCAUCCUCAUCACCGGAGAAUCCGGCGCGGGGAAGACGGUCAACACCAAGAGGGUCAUCCAGUACUUCGCCAGCAUCGCCGCCAUCGGCGACCGCAAGAAGGAGGCAACCAACAGCAGCAAGGGCACCCUGGAGGACCAGAUCAUCCAGGCCAACCCGGCGCUGGAGGCCUUCGGCAAUGCCAAGACCGUUCGCAACGACAACUCCUCGCGCUUCGGGAAGUUCAUCCGGAUCCACUUCGGGGCCACCGGGAAGCUGGCGUCGGCGGACAUUGAGACCUACCUCCUGGAGAAGUCCCGUGUCAUCUUCCAGCUGAAGGCUGAGAGGAACUACCACAUCUUCUACCAGAUCCUCUCCAACAAGAAGCCGGAGCUUCUGGAGAUGCUUCUGAUCACCACCAACCCCUACGACUACAGUUACGUCUCCCAAGGAGAGGUGACCGUGGCCUCCAUCGAUGAUGCUGAGGAGCUGCUGGCCACCGACAGCGCUUUCGAUGUCCUGGGCUUCACCAACGAGGAGAAGGCCGGUGUCUAUAAGCUGACGGGGGCCAUCAUGCACUUCGGCAACAUGAAGUUCAAGCAGAAGCAGCGGGAGGAGCAGGCCGAGCCGGACGGCACCGAAGAUGCUGACAAGUCGGCUUAUCUGAUGGGCCUCAACUCGGCCGAUCUUCUCAAGGGCUUGUGCCACCCUCGGGUCAAGGUUGGCAAUGAGUACGUCACCAAGGGGCAGAACGUGCAGCAGGUCUACUACUCCAUUGGAGCCCUGGCCAAGGCGGUCUAUGAGAAGAUGUUCAACUGGAUGGUGGUGAGGAUCAACAACUCGCUGGAGACCAAGCAGCCGCGGCAGUACUUCAUCGGCGUCCUGGACAUCGCCGGCUUCGAGAUCUUCGACUUCAACAGCUUCGAGCAGCUCUGCAUCAACUUCACCAACGAGAAGCUGCAGCAGUUCUUCAACCACCACAUGUUCGUGCUGGAGCAGGAGGAGUACAAGAAGGAGGGCAUUGAGUGGGAGUUCAUCGACUUCGGCAUGGACCUCCAGGCCUGCAUUGACCUCAUCGAGAAGCCCAUGGGGAUCAUGUCCAUCUUGGAGGAGGAGUGCAUGUUCCCCAAGGCUUCGGACAUGACCUUCAAGGCCAAACUCUAUGACAACCACUUGGGCAAGUCGUCCAACUUUGGCAAGCCCCGGAACGUCAAAGGCAAGACAGAAGCUCACUUCUCCUUGGUCCACUACGCUGGCACCGUGGACUACAACAUCAUUGGCUGGUUGGAGAAGAACAAGGACCCUCUCAACGAGACGGUGGUGGGGCUCUACCAAAAGUCAGGCCUCAAGCUCUUGGCCAGCCUCUUCUCCAACUACGCUGGCGCAGACACCGGUGGUGAUGGAGGGAAAGGCAAGGGAGCCAAGAAGAAAGGUUCUUCCUUCCAGACAGUGUCUGCUCUGCACCGGGAGAACCUCAACAAGCUGAUGACCAACCUCAAGACCACCCACCCCCACUUCGUCCGAUGCCUCAUCCCCAAUGAGCGGAAGGAGCCAGGUGAGGAGAAGGGGGUGAUAUCCUUGUGGUGGGAAGGGGCAGGGCUUGAAGCUGACCAUGCCCCCUUCUUCCCCCCCCCAGGGGUGAUGGACAACCCCUUGGUGAUGCACCAGCUCCGCUGCAACGGGGUCUUGGAAGGCAUCCGCAUCUGCCGCAAGGGCUUCCCCAACCGCAUCCUCUACGGGGACUUCCGUCAACGGUACCGCAUCUUGAACCCGGCGGCCAUCCCUGAAGGCCAGUUCAUUGACAGCAGGAAAGGUGCUGAGAAGCUCCUGGGCUCCAUCGACAUCGACCACAGCCAAUAUAAGUUUGGCCACACCAAGGUCUUCUUCAAGGCUGGGCUGCUGGGGCAGCUGGAGGAGAUGCGGGACGAGCGCCUCUCCCGCAUCAUCACCCGCAUCCAAGCUCAAGCCCGGGGACAGCUCAUGCGCCUCGAGUUCAAGAAGAUCCUGGAGCGCAGGGACGCGCUGUUGGUGAUCCAAUGGAACAUCCGGGCCUUCAUGGGGGUGAAGAACUGGCCGUGGAUGAAGCUCUACUUCAAGAUCAAGCCCUUGCUGCAGAGCGCUGAGACGGAGAAGGAGAUGCAGACCAUGAAGGAGGAGUUUGGGCGGCUGAAGGAAGCCCUGGAGAAGUCAGAAGCGCGGCGGAAGGAGCUGGAGGAGAAGAUGGUCUCCAUGCUGCAGGAGAAGAACGACCUCCAGCUCCAAGUGCAGGCUGAGCAGGACAACCUGACUGAUGCUGAGGAGCGUUGUGACCAACUGAUCAAGAACAAGAUCCAGCUGGAGGCCAAGGUGAAGGAGCUGACGGAGCGGCUGGAGGAGGAGGAGGAGAUGAACGCUGAGCUCACGGCCAAGAAGAGGAAGCUCGAAGACGAAUGCUCCGAGCUGAAGAAGGACAUCGAUGACCUGGAGUUGACAUUGGCCAAGGUGGAGAAGGAGAAACAUGCCACCGAGAACAAGGUCAAGAACCUCACUGAGGAGAUGGCCAGCUUGGAUGAGACCAUCACCAAGCUGACCAAGGAGAAGAAGGCCCUGCAAGAAGCUCACCAGCAAGCGCUGGAUGACCUGCAAGCCGAGGAAGACAAAGUCAACACCUUGACCAAGGCCAAAGUCAAGCUGGAACAGCAGGCAGAUGACCUUGAAGGCUCCUUGGAGCAGGAGAAGAAGAUCCGGAUGGACCUGGAACGUGCCAAGAGGAAGCUGGAAGGUGACUUGAAGCUGACCCAGGAGAACAUCAUGGACCUGGAGAACGACAAACAGCAGCUGGAGGAGAAACUGAAGAAGAAGGACUUUGAGAUCCACCAGCAGAACAGCAAGAUGGAGGACGAGCAGGCGCUGGCCCUGCAGCUCCAGAAGAAGCUGAAGGAGCUGCAGGCGCGCAUCGAGGAGCUGGAGGAGGAGCUGGAGGCCGAGCGGACGGGCAGGGCCAAGGUGGAGAAGCUGCGCUCGGAGCUGUCUCGGGAGCUGGAGGAGCUGAGCGAGCGCCUGGAGGAGGCCGGGGGAGCCACCUCGGUGCAGCUGGAGCUCAACAAGAAGCGAGAGGCCGAGUUCCAGAAGAUGCGGCGGGACCUGGAGGAGGCGACGCUGCAGCACGAGGCCACGGCCGCCGCCCUGCGCAAGAAGCACGCCGACGGCGUGGCCGAGCUGGCCGAGCAGCUGGACAACCUGCAGCGGGUCAAGCAGAAGCUGGAGAAGGAGAAGAGCGAGCUCAAGCUGGAGCUGGACGACCUCACCUCCAACAUGGAGCAGCUGCUCAAAGCCAAGGUGGCCAUGGAGAAGGUCUCCCGCACCAUGGAGGACCAGGCAGCCGAGCACCGCGCCAAGCUGGAGGAAACCCAACGGGUCCUCAAUGACACCACCACGCAACGGGCAAAGCUCCAGACUGAGAACGGAGAGCUAAGCCGGCAGCUGGACGAAAAGGAGGCCCUCAUCUCCCAGCUGACCAGGGGCAAGCAGUCGUACACCCAGCAGCUGGAGGACCUUAAGAGGCAGCUGGAGGAGGAGGUGAAGGCCAAGAACGCGCUGGCGCACGCCCUGCAGUCGGCCCGGCACGACUGUGACCUCCUGCGGGAGCAGUACGAGGAGGAGACCGAGGCCAAGGCCGAGCUCCAACGCGCUCUCUCCAAGGCCAACUCCGAGGUGGCCCAGUGGAGGACCAAGUAUGAGACCGACGCCAUCCAGCGCACCGAGGAGCUGGAGGAGGCCAAGAAGAAGCUGGCGCAGCGGCUGCAGGAGGCCGAGGAGGCGGUGGAGGCCGUCAAUGCCAAGUGCUCCUCCUUGGAGAAGACGAAGCACCGGCUGCAGAAUGAGAUCGAGGACCUGCUGGUGGACCUGGAGCGGUCGAACGCGGCAGCGGCCGCCCUGGACAAGAAGCAGAGGAACUUUGAUAAGGUGCUGGCUGAGUGGAAGCAGAAGGUGGAGGAGGCUCAGGCUGAGCUGGAGGCCUCGCAGAAGGAGGCCCGAGCCCUUAGCACGGAGCUCUUCAAGCUAAGGAAUGCCUAUGAGGAGGCCCUGGAGCACCUGGAGACCUUCAAGAGGGAGAACAAGAACCUUCAAGAGGAGAUCUCGGACCUGACGGAGCAGCUGGGCUCCAGCCACAAGAGCAUCCAUGAGCUGGAGAAGGUCCGGAAGCAACUGGAUGCUGAGAAGCUGGAGCUCCAGGCGGCGCUGGAGGAGGCGGAGGCCUCGCUGGAGCAUGAGGAAGGGAAGAUCCUGAGGGCCCAGCUGGAGUUCAACCAGGUCAAGGUGGACCACGAGCGCAAGCUGGCUGAGAAGGACGAGGAGAUGGAGCAGGCCAAGCGCAACCACCUGCGGGUGGUGGACUCCCUGCAGACCUCCUUGGACGCGGAGACGCGGAGCCGCAACGAGGCCUUGAGGUUGAAAAAGAAGAUGGAAGGGGACCUCAACGAGAUGGAGAUCCAGCUGGGGCACGCCAACCGCGCCGCUGCUGAGGCCCAGAAGCAAGUCAAGACCUUGCAGGGUUACCUCAAGGACACCCAACUCCAGCUGGAUGAUGUGGGGCGGAUCAAUGAGGACCUGAAGGAGAACAUGGCCAUGGUGGAGCGGAGGAACAACCUCCUGCAGGCCGAGCUGGAGGAGGUGCGGGCGGUGGUGGAGCAGACCGAGAGGACCCGCAAGUUGGCCGAGCAGGAGCUGAUUGAGGCCACUGAGAGGGUGCAGCUCCUCCACUCGCAGAACACCAGCCUCAUCAACCAGAAGAAGAAGAUGGAAGGGGACAUCUCCCAGCUGCAGACCGAGGUGGAAGAGGCCAUCCAGGAGUGCCGCAACGCCGAGGAGAAGGCCAAGAAAGCCAUCACUGACGCAGCCAUGAUGGCGGAGGAGCUGAAGAAGGAGCAGGACACCAGCGCCCACCUGGAGCGCAUGAAGAAGAACAUGGAGCAGACCAUCAAGGACCUGCAGCUGCGCUUGGACGAGGCCGAGCAGUUGGCGCUCAAGGGGGGGAAGAAGCAGCUCCAGAAGCUGGAGACGCGCGUGCGGGACCUGGAGACGGAGCUGGAGGCCGAGCAGAAGCGCAACGCCGAGAGCGUCAAGGGCCUGCGCAAGUCGGAGCGGCGCGUCAAGGAGCUCAGCUACCAGACGGAGGAGGACAAGAAGAACCUCCUGCGGCUGCAGGACCUGGUGGACAAGCUGCAGAUGAAAGUCAAGGCCUACAAGAGGCAGGCGGAGGAGGCGGAGGAACAAGCCAACACCAACCUGACCAAGUUCCGGAAGGUGCAACAUGAGCUGGAUGAAGCUGAAGAACGCGCAGACAUGGCUGAGUCCCAGGUCAACAAGCUGAAGGCCAAGAGCCGGGACAUCAGCACCAAGAAGCUGCACGACGAGGAGUGACCCCACCACCAAGACCAUGUGACCCCAUGACCCCACGUGACCUCUGAGCUCAGCACCACCCCUCCCUGCCCAAGGCAGGGCCUGAUGAUGUCACUGAGUGACCCAACAUUGACCCAGCAUGACCCGAAGCAGCUUUGCUGGCUGGAGAG